AUGCUACAACCAAUCACAGUGGCCAUGAAACAUGCCCAAACGUGCAGGGACUGGGGUGAACAUUCCAGCACGGAGAAGCAAGAACAUAAAACAAACCAAAAAAAAAAAAAAAAAAAAAAAAAAAAAACAGAAAAAAAAAGAAAGAAAGACAAUCGGGGCGGGCUGCGGCUGCGUCUCUCCGCAGGAACAGACUUUUUCGGCAGUGGGCCUUCCCGUUUGGGCUCGGCUGGCGCCCGCCUGUUUAUCUUAGGCGCGCGCGCGCAAACGCAAGAGAAGAAAAUAACCAGAGGUUAUCAGUUGCGGCCCCGUCCCGACACAUAUAUAAAGCGGCCCGCAGUGCGCACUUGUUUGGUUUUUUUCCUUCUCCAGUACUCACUACUCUUAUUUUCCCAGUCUUUCGCUCAUAAUCUUAUAAUGCAAUUCUCCACUGUUGUUGUCGCUGCCGCUGUUGCCGCCUCUGUCUCUGCUGCCAACGUCACUGAGACUGACGUUUCCUCCACCUUGGUUACCAUCACCUCUUGUGGUCCAGAAGUGACUGACUGCCCAGCUGCCAGCCCAUCUGCUUCUGCUAAUGUUUCCACCUACGCAGGUGCCGCCAACAAGCAAUUUGCUGCUGGUGCCGUUGCUUUGGCUGCUGGUGCUUUGUUGGCUUUGUAA